ACCCCUAUCCUGCAGUGGUUUCGACCGUUGACCUUUCUUGUGUAAGAUACGACGUUUACGUAAAGUUAGCAGUUUUAAGUCGUUUCUUGCUCAGUUUUCUGAACAAUUUGGUCACUGAGAGGUCCAAAAAUGUUCCACGUUGUCUCCAGGUCGGCCCAAAGACUAUCGAGCACAGCCAGUGUUCUAAGACGUCUGAACAGCACACUCGUGAUCGCUGAACACAACAAUGCACAGCUGACCCCCAUCACACUCAACACCAUCACUGCUGCUGCUAAACUAGGGGGGGACAUCGCCUGCCUGGUGGCUGGGAGCAAAUGUGCUUCUGUUGUGGAGGAACUCACCAAAGUUGGUGGUGUCCAGAAGAUCUUGGUGGCUGAAAAUGAAGUCUUCAAUGGAUUUUUGCCAGAAGCGAUAACUCCACUGAUCCUAGAGACGCAGAAGCAGUUCAACUUUUCUCACAUCGCAGCAGGAGCAACUGCAUUUGGCAAGAGCCUGCUGCCCAGAGUGGCCGCCAAGCUGGAUGUGAACCCCAUCUCUGACAUCAUCGACAUCAAGGAUGCAGACACCUUUGUCAGAACCAUCUAUGCAGGAAAUGCUAUCUGCACGGUGAAGUCCAAAGAUGGAGUGAAGGUGUUCACUGUGAGGGGAACAGCUUUCCCCGCUGCAGAGGCUGCUGGGGGACAGGCCGCCUGUGAACAAGCUCCAGCAGUUGACGUGAAGAAUGACCAGUCAACGUUUGAAGGCCAGUCCUUGUCAAAGAGCGACCGUCCAGAACUGACCAGUGCUAAGACAGUUAUAUCUGGAGGCCGUGGGAUGAAGAAUGGAGAGAACUUUGAGCUGCUGUAUAAGCUGGCUGACAAACUGAACGCUGCAGUUGGAGCGUCCCGUGCUGCAGUCGACGCUGGCUUUGUUCCCAACGACAUGCAAGUGGGCCAAACGGGGAAGAUUGUUGCUCCUGAGCUGUACAUUGCUGUGGGGAUUUCUGGAGCCAUCCAACAUCUGGCUGGCAUGAAGGACAGCAAGGUGAUUGUUGCCAUCAACAAGGAUCCAGAAGCUCCCAUCUUCCAAGUGGCUGACCACGGGCUAGUGGCCGAUCUCUUCAAGGUUGUUCCUGAGAUGACAGAAAUAUUGGAGAAGUAACAUGCUUGAGACUGUGUAAUAUACAUGUAUGUAGUGAUAUCUGCAAGGGUUCAGGGUUAUGUGUCUAAAUAUUGGAAAUUGAAUACUAAAUGACUGCCAUGUUUUGAAGUGGACAUGUUAUAUCAGCUGUAAAGAUUAAUCUGCUGUGUUGAUCAUAAGAAAGAUCUUUGUAUUGCCACUGUAUUUUUUCUAGCUCUCUUCCAUACAGACACACAUAACAUCAAUACUUUCUCCAGACCAAGCAGCCAUUAUACAAGGUUUGUGUUAUGCCUACACUAUUACAUACUUCAUACAACAUUAAAGAUCAAACGAGAACCAUA